CAAUUCAUCAUUUCACGCCAGUUUGGCGCGGAUAACCGUGAGGCGCACACCUACCUGCUUACACGGGCAAGAUGGAGCGAUAAAAUCACCUGUCUUUAAAACCAAUAUUUCUGCUAUGGAUAAUACGUCUGCCAAUCAUUACAAAGAGAAAAAAGAAAACGGAGAUGGACUAAGCGAUAGAGAGUCAGAGAGACAGAGAGAGAGACAAGCGCGAGAGAGUGGUUUCUCCUUUGCUGUCAGCUAAUUGCCCUCCCGCUUCAUGGCCCCGCUCGAAAUGGGGAAUUUAUUGCCGUAUUCUCUGCGCAAUCGGUGCCAUGUUGACCAGACUGUUCAGUGACCCGUCCUUACUCUCCAACGUCCACCGUUUCCCCAGCUGGGCUGAGGACAGCGAAGGGGAGGAGUCAAAAGCACGGGAGGAGGAGUCAGUGCGGGUAGGGCUGGGCGACGACAAGCACGAGCGCGCCGGACAAACACCGUCCUCUGAUGUUGCCCCUGACGACGAGGACGAUGAUGACGACGAUGACGAAGAGGAGGGCGAGAGGGACGGGGAGGAGGAAGGCGGCAUCGGCGAGGACAGCGAUCAGCCGCGGAAGCGCGGGCCCAAGAAGCGGAAGAUGACGCCAGCGCGUCUGGAGCGCUCCAAGGUGCGGCGGAAUAAGGCCAACGCUCGGGAGCGCACGCGCAUGCACGACCUCAACUCGGCCCUGGACAACCUGCGCAAGGUGGUGCCCUGCUACUCCAAGACGCAGAAGCUGUCCAAGAUCGAGACGCUGCGGCUGGCCAAGAACUACAUCUGGGCGCUGUCGGAGAUCCUGCGCUCGGGCAAGCGGCCCGACCUGGUGUCCUACGUGCAGACGCUGUGCAAGGGCCUGUCGCAGCCCACCACCAACCUGGUGGCCGGCUGCCUGCAGCUCAACACACGGAACUUCCUCACCGAGCACUGCCAGGACCCGGCCUCUGCCCGCUACCACGCCGCCGGCGCUGGGCCCUUCCCCUCGGGCGGCUCCGCCGUGGGCGCCUCGGUGCACGGCUACCACCCGUACCCGUGCUCGCGCCUCUCAGGCUCGCAGUGCGGCACGGCGGCCGCGGGCUCGGGGGCCGCGGGGCUCUCGCUGCGCUCCCACGGAUACUGCUACGACUCGCUGUACGGCGGCGGUGGUGGCGGUGGCGGUGGCGGUGGCGGCUCGCCAGAGUACGACAGCGGCGAGUACGAGCCUGGCGUCAGCCCGCCGCUGCCCCUCUACAUCAACGGGAACUUCUCUCUGCGCCACCAGGAUGCGGCAUCGCCGGACGCGGCUGACCGCUACCACUACUCUAUGCACUACUCCGGGGGGCCCGCGGGGGCCCGAGGGGGGCCCAGUGCAGGCGCCGGCCCAGGGCACGGUGGUGGCGGCGGAGGGAGUCUGGUGUUCGGCUCCAGGGGGGGGGCAGUGCACGGGGCGGCGGCGGCUGGUGUGCACGGAGACGGAGCUGCGGUGCUGCCCUAUCACCACGACAUGCACUUGCAUCACGAGCGCACAGCGCUCUACGAGGACGUGAACGCUUUCUUCCACAACUGACCCUGGGAGUCAACCCAAAUCAUCUUUAGUGUGUGUGUGUGUGUGUGUGUGUGUGUGUGUGUGUGUGUGUGUGUGUGUGUGUGUGUGUGUGUGUGU